AUGGCCACGGUGCAGCAGCUCGCGGGAAGAUGGCGCCUGGUGGACAGCAAAGGCUUGGAUAAAUACCUGAAGGAACUAGGACUGGGGCUACCUCAACGAAAAAUGGGUGCCAUGGCCAAACCCGAUUGUAUCAUCACUUGCGACGGCAAAAACCUCACCAUAAAAACUGAGAGCGCCGUGAAAACAACACAGUUUUCUUGUGUCUUGGGAGAGAAGUUUGAAGAAACUACAGCUGACGGUAGAAAAACUCAGACCGUCUGCAACUAUAUAGAUGGAGCAUUGGUUCAACACCAAGAAUGGGAUGGGAAGGAAAACACCAUAACAAGAAAAUUGACGGAUGGGAAAUUAGUGGUGGAAUGCUCCACGAACCAAGUCACUUGUACUCGGGUCUAUGAAAAAGUAGAAUAA